GAGGCGCAGCCUGGGGGAUUUUGGGAAUCGUAGUUUUAAAUGAUCCGGCUUCACAAUCUGUUGCUUGAUGGCCUCGGGUACCUGUGGACCCCUCUGGCCCCGUCAGAAAGUGUAUUCGGGCGUAGGCGGGCGUGACCUCUAGGGCGGCGUGGACGCUCUUGGUCCUUCCACCUUGCCUCUCUUUGGGGGAGGGGGGAAAUGGGGUCCUUAUUUAAUCCCUCCUCCUGCUGCAGGAGGCUGCGUGCUCCUGGUCCGGCCCCCACAUUAGGGGCUAGGACUCUGUACGGGGCGCGGCACUGGACUAGAGAGGGUUGGCACCGCGCUUUCCCGAGUAACCGGAAGAAUUUUUCGACUGUGCGCGUGAGAAAUACUAGCUUCCUGAUGUGGUGUGAUUGCCCAAUCAGAGAGAGAAAUCAAUUUGUGAAUGUCGAGUCUGCAGAGACAUGGAGAAGAAUCACAAGAGAUACCUGUUCAUGGCUUCAAGUUUCCAAACCUGAUGUAAUAUCCCAUUUGGAGAAAGAUGUCCCAACAGGCACAUUUCCAGAAUUCUGCUUUUCCUCAAGAGAAGAGUACAGAGGAGAAGGGAGUGACUGCCAUGCUGCAGAAUGCCAGGUUCAAGAUGAGUUGGGGUUUACUCUUUCUUUCCUGAAAUGUCAUCUUGGUUCUCAAAGUAUGGAUUCAAAGAUUAGGUCUGAAAUCAAGGAAUCAAUUCCAAAACAAGAAGAAAGAUCAUCCCAGGAUAUGUUAAUGGAAGGACUCCCAAGCAGUGUUCCCCAGGACUCUAUGUCAGGAGAAGUCUGGAAAUUGAAGGCCAAGUUUGAGAGUCAGGUGGGAAACCAGGGGAAAUAUUUGCAGAAUAUUACAUUUUCCCAAAAUAAAACAUCUACUGAGGAGAAAGGGUUAGAAUGCAAUGAUAGUGGGAAAAACUUGAAUCUGAGGUCAAUCCUUGUUACACAACAGAGUGUUCCUUCAGAAGAAAGAUUAUAUAAAUGUGAUACACAUGAAAAAAGCUUCAGCCAAAAUGCAUAUCUAACUGUUCACCAGCAAAUCUGUAGAGGGAAGAAACCUUGUAAGAGUAAUGAAUGUGAAAAAAUCUUCAGAGGUCAUACAUCCCUUAUUAAGCAUCAAAGAAUUCAUAAUGGGGAGAAGCCCUAUGAAUGUAAUGAAUGUGGAAAAGCUUUUAGCCAGAGUGUACACCUCACAAAUCAUCAUAAAACUCAUACAGGAGAGAAAUCUUUUAAAUGUAAUGAAUGUGAUAAAGCAUUCAGUUACUGCUCAGCCCUUAUUCAACACCAGAGAAUACAUAGUGGGGAAAAACCUUUUGAAUGUAGUGAAUGUGGGAAGACCUUCAGUCGGAGUACAUACCUUACUCAACACCAGAGAAUUCAUACUGGAGAGAAACCUUAUAAGUGUAGUGAAUGUGGAAAAGCCUUUAGCCAGAGUACACAUCUUACUCUGCAUCAGAGAAUUCACACUGGAGAGAAACCCUAUGAAUGUAAUGAAUGUGGAAAAACCUUUAGCCAGAGUGCACACCUUACUCAACAUCAGAGAAUUCAUACUGGAGAGAAACCUUAUGAAUGUAAUGAAUGUGGGAAAGCCUUCAGUGACCACUCAGCUCUCAUUCGACAUCAUAUAAUUCAUAGUGGAGAGAAACCCUAUGAAUGCAACCAAUGUGGAAAAGCCUUCAGUUACUGCUCAGAUCUUAUUCAGCAUCAGAAAACUCAUACUGGAGAAAAACCCUAUAAAUGUAAUGUUUGUGGCAAUGCUUUUAAUGACUGUUCAGCACUUAUUCAGCAUCAGAGAACUCACACCGGAGAGAAACCCUAUGAAUGUAAUAAAUGUUGGAAAGCCUUCAGUAACUACUCAGCCCUUAUUCGACAUCAUAUAGUUCAUACUGGAGAGAAACCCUAUGAAUGCAGUGAGUGUGGAAAAGCCUUUAGCCGAAGUACAUACCUUACUCAACAUCAACGUGUGCAUACUGGGGAGAAGCCUUUUGAAUGUAAUGAAUGUGGAAAAGCUUUCAGUCAGAGUGCAUUCCUUACUCAACACCAAAGAAUUCACACUGGUGAGAAACCCUAUACAUGCAAUGAGUGUGGAAAAGCUUUCAGUGAUCGCUCAGGCCGAAUUCAGCAUCAGAGAACUCACACUGGAGAAAAACCAUACUCGUGUAAGGAAUGUGGGAAAGCCUUUAGUUUUUGUUCAGCUCUUAUUCAACAUAAGAGGAUUCAUACUGGUGAAAAACCUUAUGAAUGUAAUGACUGUAGAAAAGCCUUCAGUGACCGCUCAGCACUCAUUCAACAUCAGAGAACUCAUACAGGGGAGAAACCCUACAAAUGUAAUGUAUGUGGAAAGGCCUUCAGCCAGAGUACAAAUCUGACAAACCAUCAGAAAACUCACACUGGAGAGAAACCCUAUAAAUGUAAUGAAUGUGGAAAAGCUUUUGGAUACUGCUCAGGUCUUAUUCAACAUCAGAUAAUACAUACUGGAGAGAAACCCUAUGAAUGCAGUGAAUGUGGUAAAGCUUUCUGUCGAACCACGGACCUUACAAAGCAUCAGAAAAUUCAUACUGGAGAAAAACCAUAUAUAUGUAAUGAAUGUGGAAAGGCCUUCAGCCAAAACACGUACCUUACUAAACAUCAGAAAAUUCACUCAGAUGAGAGAGACUUUGAAUGUAAUACAUAUUGGAAAAGUUUUAAUCAGAGGUCAGUUAUUGUUAAUCAAGAGAAAGUUCCUACAGGAGAGAAACUGGGUAAUUUUGAAAGAAAGACUUUCAAACAAAACUCAAGCCUAAUGAAAAAUCAAAGAAUCUACAAGGAGAAAAAGCCUUGUAAGUGUAAUGAAUGUGGAGAAUCCUUCAGUUAUCAUUCAGUGCUUAUUCGACAUCAAAGAAUUCAUACUGGAGAGAAACCGUAUACAUGCAAUAAUUGUGGGAAAGCCUUCAGCCACAAAGCUAACCUCAAAAAACAUUUGAAAACUCAUACCAGGGCGAGACUCUAUACAUGCAAUGCAUGUGGGAAAACCUUUACUGAGAGCUCAGCUUUUUCAGAACAUCAAAAAACACAUAUUGGAGAAAGACCUUACGAAUGUAAUGAAUGUGGGAAGGCUUUCAGUCGGACUUCACACCUUAUUCAGCAUAAGAUGAUUCAUACUGGAGAGAAGCCCUAUCAAUGUAAUGAAUGUGACAAAGCCUUCAUUCAUUCCUCAGCUCUUAUUAAGCAUCAGAGAACUCAUACUGGAGAGAAACCCUAUACAUGUAAUGAAUGUGGGAAAGCAUUCAGUCACUGUUCAUCCCUUACUAAACAUCAGAGAGUUCAUACUGGGGAGAAACCCUAUGAAUGUAAUGAAUGUGGGAAAACUUUUAGUCAGAGUACACACCUUGUUCAACAUCAGAGAAUUCAUACUGGGGAGAAACCCUAUGAGUGCAAUGAAUGUGGGAAAACCUUCAGCAGAAGUUCAAACUUUGCUAAACAUCAGAGAAUUCAUAGUGGAAAGAAACCCUAUGAAUGUAAUGAAUGUGGCAAAGCCUUCAUUCAUUCGUCAGCUCUUAUUCAGCAUCAGAAAACUCACACUGGAGAGAAACCAUAUAGAUGUAAUGAGUGUGUGAAAACCUUCAAGUGUAGUUCCUCUCUCCUUAGGCAUCAGAGACUCCAUACAGGGGAGUAGGCCCCAGAGAGUAAUAUAUGUAGGGAAACCUUAGAAUCUUCAGUGGAAUAUAAGCUCCUUGGGAGCAGGUACUGUUCAGUUUUUGGUCUCUAUCCCUACCAUCUAAUGCAAUGCCUGGGACAUAGCAGGUGCUUAAUAAAUGCUUGUGGGGUUGAACUUGUUAUUUGGUUGAAUAUUUUUACAAUCAAGGAAGGAGAUCCAUGAAAGAUUAUUAAGUUUUUUGAGGCCAAACUUUAUAUACUUGUGACUUUAUUUGUAUAGGACAUUGUCCAGGCAGUGGGCAUUUAUCAUUCAAUAAAUAUUUGUUGAUGCAUUGAUUAUAAUAUCAAAAGCUCCUGCUUUCUCAGGAAAUACAUAUUAAAGGAAACCCUAGAAAUAAAUAGGAAGUUAACAGCCCAGUUCAAGCAUCAUUUAUUUACUUUUCAAAGAAUGGUUAUAAUUGGGCCAAGCAACCAAAAACUCAGUCCUUACAUUCUUUUUCUCCCUACCUCCAAAUCUGGAGAAGCCAAGGAAUCUAGGCAAUAUUCCCCAAGGCUGUUGAGGCCAUGAGGGUGACCAAACCAAGUACAUAGGAAAAAUACUUUUGGAAAAUUUACUAACGUUUUACAUACCAUUAUCACCACCAUCCUUCCACUAACAAAUAUCUGAAGUCCUGGAAACGUGAUGGUACCUGAAUCCCAGGUCAAAUUUUCUGGGGGAUUUUUUUGGUCUGUUUUCACUUUAGAAAGACCUGUUUCAUUAUGACACUUGUGUAUUAUCUUUCAUAACCUACAUUACUGUGAUUAUCCCUAUUUUGGAGAGGGGAACUAGAUCAGUACAAGAAAAAGGACCUGGAGAAAGAUUAAUAGGUUGGGGGUAGGGAGGUGGAGUAAAUUGAAUUUACUAUUUUAGACCCAUGGCAAAUGUGACAAAUUCAAAAUCAAAUCUCAUGUCUAAGAAAAUCACAAGAAGGCUUUGUUUUAGAUGGGAAUAAAGUACUCU